UUUUUUACAGGUUGGUGGAUAAUCAUAGAUGCAGCUGUAAAAUACCCUAAAGUGGAAGACUUCAACCAUUCAUACCAUGCUUGUGGGGUUAUAGCCACUAUUGCAUUCCUAAUGAUCAACGCAGUGUCUAAUGGCCAGGUGCGGGGUGACAGUUACAGUGAAGGCUGCCUGGGACAGACAGGUGCUCGGAUCUGGCUGUUCAUUGGCUUUAUGAUGGCUUUUGGAUCUCUGAUUGCUUCCAUGUGGAUCCUUUUCGGAGGCUACGUUGUUAAAGAAAAACCAGUAGUAUACCCAGGAAUAGCUGUGUUUUUCCAGAAUGCGUUCAUCUUUUUUGGAGGACUGGUCUUCAAAUUUGGUCGCACGGAAGAUUUGUGGCAAUGA